CCCGAAGCAAAAGGUCAAGUUAGAUAAGUGAAUUUUUAUCGUGCCUUUUUUUUCAAUUUGUUGACACCACUAGCGAAAACUAAGAUUACAGCUCUAUGUAUUCACAAACAGUUCAAUAUUCCUAUUAAUGUUUAUAUUUACCCUAUUUUAAUGUAUCUAUUUAUUUCAGGCGAAUCGGAAUAAUAAUAUGAGUUCGAGCACGGCGUUCUUAAUAAUAUUUUUGACUGCAAUUUCGACCACGAGAGCGGUAGUGACAAAUGAAGACAUCAGAAUAGCAAUCUUACAAAUCGUAAACGUAGUCAGAUCCACGGACGACAAAUUAGAAAGACAUGAGUACCGCGACCGAGUGGUCGGAGAACAAUUGAAAAAGGGAAUGAUCAACAUCGAUAAGCGAAUUAAAAUGCUCGAUCCACUUAAGGGAACCGUCGGGCGACUAGAUGAAAGACUGGCCGCCGUCGAAACCAUCCUGAUGCAGAAAAACGAACGGGAAAAGAUGCAGUUGCAGAGGACGUACGAGGCGGUCAUUGACAUACAGAAAAAUUUGCCCGUUAUUAUGGAAGAACUUAAGAAUGACAUUAUCGCUAAGUUAACAGCACACGAACCGCCUGCGCAAAUAAUCGAACCCGUAAUCUCGAAAAAGGAUUUCGAAAAGAUGGAAAAAGAAGUCGUAGCUAAGAUAGACAAAGUCACUAGCAGCAUAAACAAAUUAGAAAGCGAGCUGGGGAAAAUAAAAAAUGACAAUAAGCAAUUACGAGAUUUGAACAACAAAUCUUCGGAUAAUUUGGAAAAACUGAAACGACACAUAAGCGACAACCAGCAACUAUUAACGAAAUACGACAAAAAACUGUCGGAAUACAACAAUAAGAUUCCCGAGAUUUCUAAAACGAGUUCUAAAGAGCAAGAUGAAUGGAAGCAGAAUGUUUUAAAAGCUUUGGACGGUCAAAAAUCCAACGUGAAGGAAAUUCUCUUGGAUCUAAAAAAUCUGCACAACAAAGUUACUCAAUUACCACAGAAGGACGACAUUAGCGCGUCUCAACGACAAAAUCCGCAACCUUUAGAACAAAUACGAAGAGAUAUUAACGAUAUUAACAUCCAUCUAAACAGCACCCACGAUGAUGCCAUGAAAAAUCUCAAUGGUUUAACAGAAAUUUCAGCUAUUCUCGUUAAAAGCAUUGCCAAUGCUAACAAUGUUCUUGAUAGCCAGAGGAGAGACAUCAACCAAGUUCUACAAAACGUUCAAAGUAUUCCAGAUAGAAUGAAUCAGCUGCCCCAGAAGGACGAUCUUUCAGUUGUACAGCGAGCCACUUUAAAAAAAUUGGACGAAUUAGCCAACAGCAUACAAUCCAAUCAACAGAACCCUGCAACAGACGAAAUACGAAGAACUCUUAACGACAUGAAUAAUAACAUAAACAAAUGGCAUGCCGAUACAAAAAAUAUGUCCUUACAUGCUGUUCCUAGCAGUCAACCUCCCGAAAUCAGAGAAAUCCUAUCGGACGUUCGCAACCUUCAGAAUCAAGUUAAUCAGCUGCCGCAAAAAUACGACUUGGCCGCGGCUCAGAACGUGACCCUGGACAAACUCGUAGAGAUCAACCGCGAAAUAACCGGUCGCACCGAACCGGUUUUGGACCAGUUACGAACCACGCUGACCGACGUUAGCGAAAACGUAAAGAAAAUGAACGAUGACACCGUCAGAAACUUGAACGAUUUAUCCGAGAUCACUAGAAGUUUGGCCGAGUCUUUCGCUAAAAACUACGGGAAAAUGAGGACGGACAUUCAGGCUUUGAGUAAGAUAGAUCAGGUCAUGAUUAAGACGGCUGAUGAUGUUAUAGAUACGAAACGUCGUGUGGAAUACGGCGUGCAUCAGAUAUUGGGCGAACUGGGGAAGCAGCUUAAAGAAAGUACCAAAAAUAUCAAUCAAGGCGUCAGUGACAGGUUUGAUAUAUUCGAAGCAAGUAUUUUAGAUGAAGAAACCGGUGCAUUGGUGAACCUUACCUCGAAGAUCGGCGAAGAUAUUCAUCAAGUAUGGAGACAAAUCGGAAUAAUGUACCAACAAAUUAGUACUAGCGCCGAUACGUUGAACCAUCUACAGAAUAUGACGGAUACCUAUGUUAAUGGUUCUCUAGGAGCUAUGGAUAGUAUGAAAGGAAAGGUUGGACAAAUCACCGGUAGGAUGACGGAAGUCGACGAAAAUCUAAACUACCUACUCGGCAGAUUAUCGCUGGUAACGCAAGAGUUCAAUCAAAUCAAGACGGGACUCAGCUCGGCCCUGGACCAGAUCAGAGACAGUUUCCAUGAGGUUCAGGAUAAGAUUAAGGAUAAAGGACCGGGUCCGCAUCAAAUUUCGAGCAACGAAGUGCAGCCCACAACGUAAUUAACCCCGCGAGCGAAUCACCCUUUUCGUAUUUUAGAUUAAUUAGAAUUAAUUUUUUUAUUGCAGCUUGAGUACUACCUGUACCUAAUUUGAAUAGAUUAAAUUUUUUUUAACUA